ACUUGAUACACUAAUUUCUCAUUAUUUGUACUAGUACAAUUUGAUUAACUCAAUAUGCGUUUUACAAUCUUUGCUGUAGUUUUAAGUGCUCUUCUGGCUUGUCCAUCAUUUCUAUGUAAUGGUGAUAGUUCUAUUGGCGGCUCAAAACCACUAAAGGGUAUAAAAAACAUAGAGGAUUUAGUUGCUCUAGUGAAAAUUGCGAAAACGGCUUCAGGUUCAUCUGGAAAUUAUGCGUCUCUAUUAUCUAACCUGUUUUCACAAAGAUCUUUAGCUAAAAGUAAAGCAGCGAGAGUAACAAGAAAUGUUGAAGCUGUUAAAGCAGCAAGAGCUACUAGAGCCCUUGAAGAUUUGGACUGUGAACAAUUGGCUAAGGAUAUAGACGAGGCUUUUGAUGAUCUUGGAAUAGACGAACUUGGUGAUGAUAUAAUUUUAUUUAUAUCCGUAUGCAUUACGCCAGAUGAAGAUCAUCCCUUGUUUUCUUUAUGAAACGUUGCACAAACACCUUUAUAAAGAUCCUUGUCUAAAUGAUAAUAUUGAUGAAACUUUUUUUUAUAUAAAUAUUUGUUUUUGUGUUUUUGU